ACGGCUCCCCGCCCGCUGCCGCUGCUUAGCGGGAGAAACCCGGCGCUUCCCCCCUUUCUGCUCAGCUGCUGCUCGGGAUAACGAGGAGCCGCGCUCGGCUUAGCCCGAGGGAGGAAAAACGUUAAAGAAAUCUGAAGAUGAGCGCCCACACGCAAACUGCAGAGAAAGGACAGAACACAACACUCCUGUGCCAGGAAAGCUACGUUUGCAGUGGGACAGAUGAAGCAAUCUUUGAGUGUGACGAAUGCGGGAGCCUACAGUGUCAGCGGUGUGAAGAAGAGCUGCAUCAGCAGGAAAGGUUACGGAACCAUGAACGGACCCGUAUAAGACCUGGCCAUGUUCCUUACUGUGACUCCUGCAAAGGUGCCAAUGGGAACAUAAUGCACACCAGUAUGACAGGAUCUAGGCAGAGAGCAGCAGUGAGGUGCCAGGUGUGCAAAAUCAACCUCUGUGUGGAGUGUCAGAAGAGAACACAUGCUGGGGGGAACAAAAGGAAGCAUCCCAUCACUGUGUACCAUGCUGGCAAAGCCCAAGAGCAGGAGGAGGAGGAAAUGGAUGAGGAGACCAGGAGAAGGAAAAUGACAGAGAAAGUUGUCAGUUUCCUCUUAGUGGAUGAAACUGAGGAGAUUCAGGUGAGGAAUGAAGAAGACUUUAUUAAUAAACUGGACUGCAGUCCUGACCAACAUCUAAAGGUAGUGUCCAUCUUUGGGAACACAGGGGACGGCAAGUCUCACACUCUUAACCACACUUUCUUCUAUGGCCGGGAAGUCUUCAAGACAUCUCCAGCCCAAGAGUCAUGCACAGUGGGAGUCUGGGCAGCCUAUGACCCUGUCCGCAAAGUGGUGGUGAUCGACACAGAGGGCCUCCUUGGGGCUACUGUGAACCUGAGCCAGAGAACACGGCUGCUGCUGAAGGUCCUGGCCAUCUCUGACCUUGUCAUCUACCGCACUCGUGCUGACAGGCUACACAAUGAUCUCUUCAAAUUCCUUGGGGAUGCCUCAGAGGCUUACUUAAAACAUUUCACCAAGGAGCUAAAGGCCACUACAGCCCGCUGUGGCCUAGAUGUUCCUCUGUCCACUUUGGGUCCUGGUGUCAUCAUCUUCCAUGAGACUGUGUACACCAAGCUACUGGGUUCUGAUCAUCCCUCUGAGGUUCCUGAGAAGCUCAUUCAGGAUCGGUUCCGGAAGCUAAGCUGUUUUCCUGAAGCUUUCAGCUCAAUCCACUACAAGGGAACAAGGACUUACAAUCCUCCAACAGACUUCUCGGGACUUAGGCGAGCUGUGGAGCAGCAGCUGGAGAACAAUACCACUCGGUCCCCAAGACAGCCUGGGGUUAUCUACAAAGCACUAAAAGCUCUAAGUGACCGCUUCAGUGGGGAGAUCCCUGAUGACCAGAUGGCUCACAGCUCUUUCUUUCCAGAUGAAUAUUUCACAUGCUCCUCUGUAUGCCUCAGCUGUGGGUGUGGCUGUAAGAAGAGCAUGAACCAUGCAAAGGAAGGAGUCCCUCAUGAAUCCAAGAGUCGAUGCAGAUACUCUCACCAGUAUGAUAACAGAGUCUAUACUUGCAAGGCCUGUUAUGAACGGGGGAUGGAGGUCAGCGUGGUGCCGAAAACCUCUGCUUCCACUGACUCCCCUUGGCUGGGCCUUGCCAAGUAUGCCUGGUCGGGAUACGUGAUUGAGUGCCCCAACUGCGGGGUGGUGUACCGCAGCCGACAGUACUGGUUUGGCAACCAAGAUCCUGUGAACACUGUGGUGAGGACAGAAAUUGAACAUGUCUGGCCAGGGACAGACGGAUUUCUGAAAGACAACAACAAUGCAGCCCAGCGUCUGUUGGAUGGGAUGAAUUUCAUGGCACAGUCAGUGUCUGAACUUAGCCUGGGACCCACAAAAGCUGUGACCUCCUGGCUGACAGACCAGAUUGCCCCAGCUUACUGGCGGCCCAACUCUCAGAUCCUGAGUUGUAAUAAGUGCAACACGCCUUUUAAAGAUAAUGACACUAAACAUCACUGCCGGGCCUGUGGAGAGGGCUUCUGUGAUGGCCGUUCUUCCAAGACCCGUCCUGUGCCUGAGCGAGGCUGGGGACCAGCACCAGUGCGAGUGUGUGACAACUGCUAUGAAAACAGGGGCAUCCAGUUAGAUGUGGCUGAGCUACCUACAGAUGAGGAAGGGGGCACGCUUAUUGCCAGGAAGGUUGGGGAAGCUGUGCAGAACACUCUUGGAGCGGUGGUGACAGCCAUGGACAUCCCCUUAGGUUUGGUAAAAGAUGCUGCCCGACCUGCAUACUGGGUACCUGACCAUGAAAUCCUGCACUGCCACAACUGUCGGAAGGAAUUCAGCAUCAAGCUUUCCAAGCACCACUGUCGGGCCUGCGGCCAGGGAUUCUGUGAUGAGUGCUCACAUGACCGCAGAGCAGUUCCCUCUCGUGGAUGGGAUCACCCGGUCCGAGUUUGCUUUAACUGCAAUAAAAAGCCUGGUGACCUUUAACCCCAGGCUCUUCUCCAGAUCUUUGCAAUUCCUUAGGUUCUCAGGGUUACAAACAAAAAUCUGGUCUCCCUUGCACCUUUUAACCUGUCGCAGCCAGAGUGCAUGUUUCUGGCCUCCUCUCCUGUGUUAUAUCCAUCUUGGAACACUGGGAAUAAGCUUGAGUUCAGUCUUCAGGUUUUAAUUUCAAUUAACUGGAGAAGGGAGGGAGCUCACUUGCAAAUGAACAAACCAAAAUCCAGUGUAUUUUAUUCCAAUUUAAAUAUACACAUAUAUAUCUAUAUCUAUGUAUAAUUUAGUAUAUUAAGAAUGCAUUUGGCUAAUGAAGCUUUGAGUAUUCCUAUUUCAAAUGAUGGAUGAUGUUGUUCCUUCCUAUAUUGGAGCAGAUUUAUGGCCUUCUGAUUAUUGUUUUGGAACAUCUUGCUGAUCAUGGUGUCCUGUGAGAAAGGGAGGAAGGUUUGGACUCCAUGCUGCCAGGAAAUCACAAGCAUUUCCAAUGUUGGUCUAUGAACUGCAUCUAAUAAUGGGAGCAACCCUACAUCAGGAGGUGCUGUUCUUCUGUCUCUGGAAGAUUAAAACCAGACUCAUCAGCAAGUUUGUUUGAAUUGUGAUGUAAACAGUGGUCUUGCAGUGCAAGAGGUAUCAAAUUGAAGUAAACCCUCUGGUAGAGACCAAUAUAGCUCUCAAAGGUGUUGCACAUAUUCAGAGUCUGCCACUUCAACUUCAGUACCAAAUCAAAAGGUAACAAGGUCUUACUCUCCCUGACAAUGUUCUCAUGCACUCAGGUUUUCAGGUUUUUUUUUUUUUAGGUUUCUCUACCAGCUUGUUGCAGUUAAAAGUUUUGUCUGGAGCAAAACAAGACACAAGUUAUGUAGGCAAUUCUGAGAUACGAAGUUUGAGUUGCGUGGGUUGUGGUGACUUUUCUGCCUCUUUUUAUGUGAUCCCUAAAUCUAUGGAGCCUCCGUGUUCACAGAUGCGGUUGCAUAGAAACUGCACAGAUUUGACUUGUCUUUUUUCUAAUGAGAUGAACUUACAAAUCCACCUGGAAAAUGGGAGCUUUCUUCUCUGCUCUUAGAAAGUGGCACUCACUGGGCUUCAUCCUUUACUAAUAAAGGACUGCAUUGAAUUCACUGAUUUUUUUUAUCAUCCAAAAGACCACUUAACCUAACUAACGCUGUCUUGUACUGUGGAUUUGUGGUUCCAGUGAUAAAGAAGUAAUAGACCAUUGUGGAUUGAACUGCCUGAAAUCAUCCCUUGUUGGCUUAUACAGACAAGAAUUCUUCUGCCAGAGGAUAUUUGUCUCCUCUUGGAUUGGCUGGAGUUUGAUGCAAUGUCCUGGAACUGUGGUAUUUUUUCCCUCAGCUUGUUAAAUGUGGUCUUGUGUAGAUGAGUGCCCAACACCCUGUUUUAGGACUGUAUUAUUAAAUUAACUGCUAUAAAAGACUUUAUCUUCUGAACAAGCGUACUGGCUUUUUCCUUGUAACAAGUAGUUCUCUCUUUGUCUCUGAAAGAACAUGCUUGCAAAAGUGAUUGCCCCUUUGCAACUACAUCCAGCCUACACAUGGAAGUAGACUUGGAAGAUGUUCCAUGACACCUUCUGUACUGGUUAAGUUUGCUGGGGACUGUCUACUGUUUUUGUAAGCAAAGUUUGCCAUAAACUGACAGUUGCCCAAGGGAGGGCAUGAGAAGAGGAGGUAGAAAUCCUCUCUUAAAAGGCAUCCUGCACAUUCAGUAGUAUUCUGUGCUUCAAAGCCUUUUUAUUUUUUUAAUGGGUGAACAAUGCAGUUACAAUGUGGUAAUGGUUUGUAGGCUGUGCCCUGUGUGCUGUUUAUGCAUGCAGCUUUACUACCAUGUUAAUGCAAAAAGAGAAAGCAGCCAUGACAUUCCUUGUAUAAAAUCCUUGGCACCUGUUUCAA